AGAAAGAGACAAGUUCUAGAGAGAGAAACAUGUCGAAAGAAGUGAGUGAGGUCGGAGAAACGGCAAGAAAAGACUACGUCGAUCCACCGCCGGCACCCGUCGUUGACAUGGCGGAGCUGAAGCUGUGGUCAUUUUACAGAGCUCUCAUCGCUGAGUUCGUCGCCACCCUACUCUUCCUCUACAUCACCGUCGCCACCGUCAUUGGCUACAAAAACCAAACCGACCCAUGCGGCGGCGUUGGCCUUCUCGGAAUCGCAUGGGCCUUUGGUGGCAUGAUCUUCAUCCUUGUUUACUGCACCGCCGGUAUCUCCGGUGGUCACAUAAACCCAGCGGUGACAUUUGGGCUGUUUCUGGCUCGAAAGGUGUCGUUAAUAAGGGCAGUGGCGUACAUGGUGGCUCAGUGUUUGGGUGCGAUCUGUGGUGUGGGUUUGGUGAAAUCGUUCAUGAAAUCGCCAUUCAACUCACUGGGUGGUGGAGCCAACUCAGUUGCUCCUGGGUACACCAAGGGUACAGCACUCGGUGCUGAAAUCAUCGGAACCUUUGUGCUUGUUUACACCGUUUUCUCUGCUACCGACCCCAAGAGGAGUGCACGUGACUCUCACAUUCCUGUAUUGGCUCCAUUGCCAAUUGGGUUUGCAGUUUUCAUGGUUCAUUUGGCAACCAUUCCCAUAACUGGAACUGGUAUCAACCCAGCUAGAAGCUUUGGUGCUGCUGUCCUCUACAACAAUCAAAAAGUCUGGGAUGAUCAAUGGAUCUUUUGGGUGGGACCAUUUGUGGGAGCAAUGGCGGCAGCAGCAUAUCAUCAAUACAUUUUGAGGGCUGCAGCCAUCAAAGCUUUGGGUUCAUUCAGGAGCAACCCUACUAACUAA